ACAUGUACAUCACGGAUUUAAUUAAGUGAUGAGCAGAAUUUAUUGACCAGUGACACCAUUUGUGUGCGAGAGAGAGAGAGCGCAGAGGCCAAAAGACUGUGUGCGCGUUUCGUGGUCGUUGUCGCUUUAAGGAAAUGCACUUGCAGCCAUUUUCUGGUCUUUGUGUGGGGUGGAUUAGUGGAGAGGCACUGAGCGAAACGAGAGCAUCAAUUGUAGGACGGCGAGAGAAAAAACGUCCCCGAUCAUCGGUUUUCUCACAGCGGAGUACCCCACUCUCCGUCCGUUGGUUUCCGAACGGACAUGCAAGUUGCAGACUGGGCUGCCUUGUGAGUGAACCCGCGUCGCCAUGACAACCCACGUGACCCUGGAAGAUGCGCUGUCCAACGUGGACCUGCUGGAGGAGCUGCCCCUCCCUGACCAGCAGCCAUGCAUCGAGCCUCCACCCUCCUCCAUCAUGUACCAGGCCAACUUUGACACCAACUUUGAAGACCGAAAUGCGUUUGUCACCGGGAUCGCCCGCUACAUCGAGCAGGCUACUGUGCACUCCAGCAUGAAUGAGAUGCUGGAGGAGGGGCACGAGUAUGCGGUCAUGCUCUACACCUGGAGGAGCUGCUCCCGAGCCAUUCCUCAGGUGAAGUGCAAUGAGCAGCCCAAUCGGGUGGAGAUCUACGAGAAGACUGUGGAGGUGCUGGAACCUGAGGUCACCAAGCUCAUGAAGUUCAUGUACUUCCAGCGGAAAGCCAUUGAGCGUUUCUGCAGUGAGGUGAAGCGGCUGUGCCAUGCCGAGCGCAGGAAGGACUUUGUGUCGGAGGCCUACCUGCUCACACUGGGAAAGUUCAUCAACAUGUUCGCCGUGCUGGACGAGCUGAAGAACAUGAAGUGCAGCGUUAAGAACGACCACUCCGCCUACAAACGAGCCGCUCAGUUCCUCAGAAAAAUGGCCGACCCACAGUCUAUCCAGGAGUCGCAGAAUCUUUCCAUGUUCCUGGCCAAUCAUAACAGGAUCACACAGUGUCUGCAUCAGCAGCUGGAGGUGAUCCCCGGCUACGAGGAGCUCCUGGCCGACAUCGUCAACAUCUGUGUGGACUACUACGAGAACAAGAUGUACCUAACGCCGAGCGAGAAACACAUGCUGCUAAAGGUCAUGGGGUUUGGCCUUUACCUGAUGGACGGAAAUGUCAGCAACAUCUACAAACUAGAUGCCAAGAAGAGGAUAAACCUUGGCAAAAUCGACAAGUUCUUUAAGCUACAGGUGGUCCCCCUGUUCGGCGACAUGCAGAUCGAACUGUCACGAUACAUUGAAACCAGUGCCCACUACGAGGAGAACAAGUCCAAGUGGACGUGCACCCAGAGUGGCAUCAGCCCCCAGUACAACCUGUGUGAGCAAAUGGGUCAGAUCCGUGACGACCACAUCCGCUUCAUCUCGGAGCUGGCGCGCUACAGCAACAGCGAGGUGGUGACGGGCUCGGGCCUGGACAGCCAGAAGUCGGACGAGGAGUACCGCGAGCUCUUCGACCUGGCGCUCCGCGGCCUGCAGCUGCUCUCCAAGUGGAGCACGCACGUCAUGGAAGUGUAUUCGUGGAAGCUGGUGCACCCGACCGACAAGUUCUGCAACAAGGACUGUCCUGGCACGGCGGAGGAGUACGAGCGCGCCACGCGCUACAACUACACCAGCGAGGAGAAGUUCGCCAUGGUGGAGGUCAUCGCCAUGAUCAAGGGCCUGCAGGUGCUCAUGGGCCGCAUGGAGAGCGUCUUCAACCAGGCCAUACGCAACACCAUCUACGCCGCCCUGCAGGACUUCGCCCAGAUGACCCUGCGCGAGCCGCUCCGCCAGGCCGUGCGCAAGAAGAAGAACGUGCUCAUUAGUGUUCUUCAGGCUAUCCGGAAAACGAUCUGUGACUGGGAGGGUGCGAGGGAGCCUCCUAAUGACCCCUGCCUUCGGGGCGAGAAGGACCCCAAAGGAGGCUUUGACAUCAAAGUGCCCCGCAGGGCUGUGGGACCUUCCAGCACACAGCUGUACAUGGUCCGUACCAUGCUGGAGUCCCUGAUUGCUGACAAGAGCGGCUCCAAGAAGACCUUGCGGAGCAGUCUGGACGGGCCCAUCGUGCAGGCCAUUGAGGACUUCCACAAGCACUCCUUCUUCUACACACACCUGCUCAACUUCAGCGAGGCCCUUCAGCAGUGCUGUGACCUCUCUCAGUUGUGGUUCCGGGAGUUCUUCCUGGAGCUGACCAUGGGCCGCCGCAUCCAGUUCCCCAUUGAGAUGUCCAUGCCCUGGAUCCUCACUGACCACAUCCUGGAGACCAAGGAGCCUUCCAUGAUGGAGUAUGUUCUCUAUCCUCUGGACCUGUAUAACGACAGUGGCUACUACGCCCUCACCAAGUUCAAGAAGCAGUUUCUGUACGACGAGAUUGAGGCUGAGGUGAAUCUGUGCUUCGACCAGUUUGUUUACAAGUUGGCAGAUCAGAUAUUUGCUUAUUACAAGGCAAUGGCUGGGAGUGUUCUCCUGGACAAGCGCUUCAGGGCGGAGUGCAAGAACUAUGGAGUGAUUAUUCCCUACCCUCCCUCCAACCGCUAUGAGACACUGCUGAAGCAAAGACACGUACAGCUGCUGGGUCGCUCCAUCGACCUGAACAGGCUGAUCACGCAGCGUAUUUCAGCGGCCAUGUACAAGUCUCUGGACCACGCCAUUAGCCGCUUCGAGAGCGAGGACCUCACUUCCGUUGUGGAGCUGGACUGGUUGCUGGAGGUGAACCGUCUGACCCACCGGCUGCUGUGCAAGCAUAUGACACUGGACAGCUUUGACGCCAUGUUCCGCGAGGCCAACCACAACGUGUCAGCCCCGUACGGUCGCAUCACGCUGCACGUCUUCUGGGAGCUGAACUUCGACUUCCUCCCCAACUACUGCUACAACGGCUCCACUAACCGGUUUGUGCGAACAGCCAUUCCCUUUACACAGGAGCCUCAGAGGGACAAACCGGCCAACGUCCAACCUUACUACUUGUACGGCUCCAAGCCUCUGAACAUCGCCUACUCCCACAUCUACAGCUCCUACAGGAACUUUGUGGGGCCGCCGCACUUCAAGACAAUCUGCCGUCUCCUUGGUUACCAGGGCAUUGCCGUGGUGAUGGAGGAGCUGCUCAAGAUCGUCAAAAGCUUGCUGCAGGGCACUAUCCUUCAGUACGUCAAGACCCUGAUCGAGGUGAUGCCCAAGAUCUGCCGCUUGCCACGGCACGAGUAUGGCUCCCCAGGCAUCUUGGAGUUCUUUCACCACCAGCUGAAGGACAUCAUUGAGUACGCUGAACUGAAGACGGACGUCUUCCAGAGUCUGAGGGAGGUGGGCAAUGCCAUUCUCUUCUGCCUCCUCAUCGAACAGGCUCUGUCACAGGAAGAAGUUUGUGACCUCCUUCACGCCGCGCCAUUUCAGAACAUUCUCCCCAGAGUCUACAUCAAAGAGGGUGAGCGUUUGGAGGUGAGGAUGAAGAGGCUGGAAGCGAAGUACGCCCCUCUCCACCUGGUCCCUCUGAUCGAGAGACUGGGAACCCCACAGCAAAUCGCCAUUGCGCGCGAGGGUGACCUGCUGACCAAGGAGCGACUGUGCUGCGGGCUGUCCAUGUUUGAGGUGAUCCUGACGCGCAUCCGCAGCUUCCUGCAGGACCCCGUGUGGCGCGGGCCGCCCCCCACCAACGGCGUCAUGCACGUGGAUGAGUGCAUGGAGUUCCACCGCCUCUGGAGCGCCAUGCAGUUUGUCUACUGCAUCCCCGUGGGAACGCACGAGUUCACCGCCGAGCAGUGCUUUGGGGAUGGGUUGAACUGGGCCGGCUGUGCAAUCAUCGUGUUGCUGGGACAACAGCGCCGCUUUGACCUCUUUGACUUCUGUUACCAUCUGCUGAAAGUCCAGAGGCAAGAUGGCAAAGACGAAAUCAUCAAGAAUGUGCCCUUGAAGAAAAUGGCUGACCGCAUCAGGAAGUACCAGAUCCUCAACAACGAGAUCUUCGCCAUCCUCAACAAGUACAUGAAGGCCGUAGAAACGGACAGUUCCACGGUAGAGCAUGUGCGCUGUUUCCAGCCUCCCAUCCACCAGUCUCUGGCCACCACGUGUUGAAAGUGACCCACGACGGCCACCCUGCCCCCCUCGUGCUCCUGCGCCACCCCCUACCAUCUCUUCUCCCCAGAACACACACACCCAUCGUGAGUUCUGAUACCGUGGACCCUCCCUGAUGUACGGAAGUUCCAGAUGGACUCUCUUUACCUCCAGACUCUUUUGAAGGCACUCGAGGGCCAGUGGCCUUUCUGUGCUCUUUCUCUCUCUUUCUCUUCCUCUCUUUCUCUCUCUCUCUCUCUUAUAGCUUUUUCAGUUUUAACACUCAACACUCUUCGCAGUCAGUCCCCAGCUGAAAGAUCACAGCACACCUUAAAAGGUGUAGAGCGGAACUAGAGGUGGAAAGGGAUCCACUGGAUUUCUUUUUUGAUCAGCCCGGCCCAAAGCGUAACUAUAAAGGCAACAACAAACAAACAAACAAAGAGAAAACAUAAAGAGGGAUAGCUGAUACAGCAUGAGAACUGUGAAAGGUUUUCACAGAUUUCAUGCUACAAAGAUGAGAGAGAACUACUAAAAAAUAUGUUAUUCAGAGUAAAAUUAGACUAUUUUUUUCUUCAUUUUAAAUUCAUGUCAUAUAACCAUUGAGUCUUUGGUGACUGAGAAAAAAAGUAUACGUCAUAGAUUUCCUUACUUUUUUAACAAUCUAAUGUCCCCCUGUAAAAUCAUUCAGUAAAGCAGAGAAAUCCAAAUCACCUUGUGUUGCCCAAGCACCCUUUAAAAAAAUAUUUUAUUUCUUCACUUUAUACUCGGCCCAGGUCAGGGCAACACAUUUGUCGUAUGUAAAAAAAAUAAUUAUUUAAUUUUUGAUUUGAUAAUUUGGACACAAAUAAUUAAUCUCAAUGUCUGUAUGUAUAAAGCCCUCUCCGAGCCCCCUCACUGUGGAGUGUAUGAAAAGAAAACAAACAAAAAAGACUACAGCUUUCUGAAUUCUUGUUCUUUCUGAAUUUAUUUGAUCUCUAUCCUUUUUAGGCUUCUGUGCCAUUUUAUUAAUGCCUGUGUUCCACUGUAAAGAAAAAAGAUUUGGAGUUUGACUAAACAAGGUACUGAGUGUAGUAAUUGUUAUUUGUUUUUAAAUAUCAUCUCAUGAUCUAAACCUUCAGCAUACUUGCCUUUACUAAUAUUUGAAAAUCAUGAUCUGAGUUUUUAAUUGAGCCCAUCACCAGUUUGUUUGAAUGGUUUACACAUUUAUUUUUCCUCGCGCACAUACCUACCAUGAAGAGAGCAGUUGUACAAGUCAGUACUGUGUGACCGACCCAUAGGAAAGUCUUCUGAUAUACCUCUUGUGGUGCUGCCAGGCCAGGGUCUCUAACAUGUCCCCUUGUUAGCAGAGUGAACAGCAUGGUAAUCACCUAUGAACUGCAGGUAGAGCAGAGCAUAGAAGCAGUAAUUUUAGCAAAAUUACUGGAAGAGAUGAGAGAAGUCAAACGGAUUAAUACAGCUAAUACACAAAUGUCGCCUCUUUCACAGAUGAAGGAAAGUUAGAGGAGAGAGAAGGAAUUAGUAAAGGUGUAUUCAGUAUUCACUAUUCUGAUCUCUUUGAUUUAGCAGUGUUAAAAAACAAAUGCAAUUUGUUUCUCUCUUCUCAUUUUAUAUUCAUAUAAAAGAAACAUUUAAGAGACUGUCUGGUAUGGCAGCUGUUACUGUAAAUUCAUAUACGAGUUCACUCACUCAUCCACUGUUAUAACUUUUUUGGACUUUGUUCUACUGUUUUUAUUUGGGUACAGUAUUUGUUUUAAGUAAUUGGUUUCUUUACAGUACUAUAUUUAUGCAUACAGUACACUCUACUGUUCCUUGAAGGGGUGAAUCUGUUGAUAUAAAAGUAAUAAAUAAAUGAAGUGAAAAUUAACGAAGCAUUGUUUUCAGAAAAACAACUUAGCAUGACCAGUGUAAUUUAUUGUCAUCAUGAGACUCUUUGUGAAAUGAGGUUUUGUUCAUGAUGUUGUUGUACGAGUGAUCAUGUUUUUGAAAUACAAAAAACCGUGAAGAAAAUAAUGAAAAUGUACAACAAAUGGUCCUGCAAAGGAAGUGAAAUUGUUGUAUUUCCAUGAAAUAAAAAAGGAUCUAACUAAA